AUGGCUAACAUGCUAGGACAUUUAGUGGUUGAUGGAAUCGAUGUCACAGAAUUCAAAUUGGUCCGAUCAUCUAAGGAUAUUGAAAACAAUGAAACAAGUUUUCGACCAGAAAUGUGUCACCAAGUUUUUGGGGAGAAUGAAAAUAUAUUUGGAUAUACAGACCUGAAGAUUAAACUAUACUAUAGUGCGGGGAGCCUUCAAACUUAUCUAGGAAUCUCAUAUUCUGACAAGAUUGACCCAAAAAAAUUAGCGGGGUUAAAAGCAGAUGACAUUGAAGGUGAAAUACGGAAGGUGCUGGCACCAGGUUAUUUUACAAAUUUGGAUGAGUUUGUGUCUGCUUUAGAAACUGAUAAAUCUUUUACUCCCCAUGGAAAACUUCUACAUUCUUUUGCCUUAGAAUCUUAUGAUGGUGGAGAGAAACGCACUUUUGAAGUAUACUACUGUGAAACAACAACUCCUGGAUUUCUUGAUUACCACAAAAGAUUACAAACUUUCCUCUUGUGGUAUGUUGAUGCCGCUUCAUUUAUUGAUGUGGAUGAUGACCAAUGGACCUUUUUUACCAUGUUUGAAAAGUACUCAUCAAGUGAAGGUGACAUUCAAUACGCCACAGCUGCAUAUGCUACAGUGUAUAGAUACUAUGCCUAUCCAUGUCAUCUCCGCCCACGCAUCUCUCAAGUUCUCACUUUGCCACCUUUUAGAAAGCUCGGAUUGUGUGCUGAAUUACUGCAGGCAAUAUAUUCUCAUUUCAUAAUAAUGCCAGAGGUUUUAGACAUUACAGUUGAAGAUCCAUCUGAUGAUUUCCAAAGGAUCAGGGAUUAUGUAGAUGCAAAAAACUGUGAUAAAUUACCGGCAUUCCAACCAGAGAAACUUUAUGAAGGAUUUUCACAAGAAAUGGUGGAUCAAGCACGUAGUAAAUACAAGAUAAACAAGAAACAAGCUCGCCGAGUUUAUGAAAUACUUAGACUAAAGAACACCAAUACAUCUGAUAAGACUUCAUACCUACAGUAUAGAUUAGAUGUAAAGAACCGACUGAAUGCACCGUUUCAGAAAAAGAAAUUAGAAAUGAAGAAACUUGAAAAAGUCCUAAAGCCAGAUGAAUAUGCAGCUACGAUUAGCACUGUAGGUGUAAACGAGACCCAGAACCGUCUUUCAGGACAAUACCUAGCGAUAGAAGAGGAGUACCGACGUGUCAUCCAUCGCCUGCAACAUUAUUGA